AUGGCCGAAAGCGCAACAUUCCUCUGGGAAGGCAAAGACAAACAGGGUCGAAAGACCAAAGGCGAAAUAAAAUCGUCUACACCGGCCAUAGCUAAGGCAGAACUGCGACGGCAGGGUAUUGUUGCGCAAAAAGUUAAAAAGAAAAGCGCAGGUAUCAGUUUUGGUGGCGGCGCUGGGGUUAAACCCGCUGACGUCGCUCUUUUUACCCGUCAGAUGGCGACUAUGAUGCGCGCGGGGGUACCCCUCGUGCAGGCUUUCGAUAUUGUUGCAGAUGGCGUGGAUAAACCCAAACUAGCAGCACUCAUUCGCGAAGUCCGCAAUGACGUAGCUGGCGGUAACUCUUUUGCUGCGUCUAUCCGACGUCACCCCGACCAAUUUGACGACCUUUUCUGCAACCUUGUAGAUGCAGGUGAGCAGUCAGGUGCACUUGAAACCAUGCUUGACCGUAUUGCUACCUACAAAGAAAAAACAGAAUCCCUGAAAGCUAAAGUUCGCAAAGCAAUGACCUACCCUAUCGCGGUAUUAGUUGUUGCGGUAAUCGUAUCCGGCAUCCUGCUCAUUAAAGUAGUGCCUCAAUUCGAGCAGGUGUUUGAUGGCUUCGGUGCAGAACUUCCCGCCUUUACACAAAUGGUCAUUGGGUUUUCUGAAUUUGCACAAAGUUACUGGUACAUGAUUCUGUUUGGCAUUAUCGCGGCAGGUUUACUGUUCAGCGAAGCACGCAAACGUUCAAAAAGCUUCAGCAACGCAUUAGACCGCUUGAGUCUCAAGUUGCCCAUUGCAGGCGAUAUCAUUGAAAAGUCAUCUAUUGCACGUUACGCAAGAACACUGUCGACAACCUUCGCAGCAGGUGUGCCGCUGGUCGAAGCGCUCAACUCUGUGGCCGGAUCUACGGGUAACAACGUUUACGUAGAAGCGGUUUAUAAGGUUCGCGACGAUGUCUCCACAGGACAGCAGCUCAAUUUCUCCAUGCGUAACACCGGCGUUUUUCCCAACAUGGUUAUACAGAUGGUCGCCAUUGGUGAAGAAGCAGGCGCUUUGGACGACAUGCUGGACAAAUCGGCUACCUAUUACGAAGAGCAGGUCGACAAUGCAGUCGACAACCUCACCAGCCUGAUGGAACCGAUGAUCAUGUCGGUACUUGGCGUGCUGGUUGGUGGUUUGAUCAUCGCAAUGUAUCUGCCGAUCUUCCAGCUGGGUGCGGUUGUUGGCGUGUCUCUUGAACUCCUGACCACCUACGGCUGGACCGGUGCUGCGCUAUUCAUCUGGGUAGCGCUGAGUAUCGGCAGCUUCCUUAAUGUGGUUAUUUACCGCCUGCCUGUCAUGCUGAACCGCGAAUGGGAAGCCCAGGCCAGAGAGAUCCUGGACAUGGAGCCGCCGGAAGAGACCUCAUCAGAACCCUUCAAUUUGAUGGUGCCCCGAUCACGCUGCCCCAAUUGCCAGCAUCAGAUCACGGCAAUGGAAAACAUCCCGGUAUUAAGCUGGCUGUUCUUAGGCCGGCGAUGUUCCAGCUGUAAAAACCCAAUCCCAUGGCGCUAUCCGGGUAUCGAAUUGCUCACGGCUAUAGCUUCGGUUGCUGUCAUUUCAACAUUUGGGUUCACCUGGCUGGGUCUGUUUACCUGCCUGUUCACCUGGAUGAUGAUAGCCCUCACGUUCAUCGACUAUGACACCAAAUUACUGCCAGACCAGAUUACCUACCCUUUACUGUGGCUAGGUCUGAUUUUGAACACUUUUUUUAUCGGCAUUGUCAGUCCGCAGGAUGCAAUUGUCGGGGCCAUCGCGGGCUAUCUAUCACUGUGGUUGAUCUACUGGGGAUUCAAACUUGCUACCGGCAAAGAAGGUAUGGGCUACGGCGAUUUCAAACUUUUUGGGGCUUUUGGCGCCUGGCUUGGUUGGCAGGCUCUGCCCAGUAUUAUUCUGAUAUCUGCAACCGUCGGUUUGUUGUAUGCGUUAAUGCAGAUUGUGCUUUCGAAACAGACCGCAGCCCAACCGAUCCCGUUUGGACCUUUUCUGGCAACUGCCGGUUGGGUCACCCUCAUCUUUCGUGAUACCGUGCUGGCCGUUUUUCUGCCGUAA